ACUAGAUUCCCAUUCAGAGUGCAUAAACUCUCAAACGCGAUAAGUUAUAUUUGAUAAUAAAAGAAAAGGCUGCCAUUUUAUACGUGCCGAGGAAGCUGCGGGAAAAGCUUUCAGUCCGUGGAGGAUUUACCCCGAAAAUAGUCGCGAUACUCACUCAUCGUAGUCACAAUCAACCCACCACCAAUUGGCGACAGACAAGAUUUUUUGCCUACUGGAUGCAGUUCACGCAUGAUUUAUCGCAUUGAGAUGUUGACCUCCAGCAACACUCUUUCUCCCUCUGCAGUUUUCAAUGGGACCUCUAAAGAGAAUAUAACAUAAAAAAACAUAAAAAACUAUUGUCCACUAGUGCUUACCAUGGCUAUAACAAACCACCACAAAUACGUUCUCAUCCUCGCAAUAUGCUCAUACUCCAUUAUGGCAAUGGUUGCGACCCUUAUUUACAUUGACAUCAUUAAGGUACAUAAGGUACAUGUACUCUCGUUCAAAGAUGUCGACAUCGGUCGGUCGCAGGUCGAGUUGACCAACUCCACAAAGUCCACAAUUGGACCGACCACCAUGACAAAUACGUUGAAUAAGACUGACGUUAACACAACAUCCCUGAAGAAAGUGUUAACUCUCGAUAGAGGACAGGAAUGCUUAAAUAUGGAAUUAAAUGGACGGAACUGUAGCAGGCCAGACUGGUUCCCAGGAGAUGGAACCAACGACAGAUAUUUCAAGCAGUGCCUCAAAACGGUGAUAACACACGGUAAUAUUUGUUUUGAAAGAACAGGGGAGAAAAAAGAUGUAUUCCUGCUAUUGCUUGUCAGCUCCUUACCGAGUCACUUCGAGCGCAGGCAGGCCAUUCGGGAGACAUGGGGAAAGCAGAGGGUGUUCUUCGGGAAACAAACCGUCUUGCUCUUCACACUUGCUACAGAGACAAAGAACACAGCCGAGAUACAAAAGAAAGUCAACGAAGAGAACGAAAGACACGGAGACAUCAUCCAAGCAGAAUUCAGAGAGUCCUUCCACAACCUCACCCUGAAAGUGGUCUUUGGAUUGAAAUGGGUGACCGAAAACUGCCCUCACGCAAAGUACUUCUACAAAGGAGACGACGACAUGUUUGUGAAUAUGAAAAACAUUAUAACAUUGCUGAACAAGACCAGUGAGUCGAACAAGAGGAGAUUGUUUGUGGGCAAUAGAAUGUUAAGAAGUCGUCCAGUAACUAUAAAAAAGAGCAAGUAUUAUGUCCCCAAAACCCAGUUUAAUGAGGCAUAUUAUCCGCCAUAUUGCUCAGGUGGUGGUUACGUCAUUUCAGGGAACCUCAUUCCGGAGAUGUUUAAAGCGUCUCGAUGGAUUCAUGUUAUACCAAUCGACGACGCAUAUCAAGGCAUGCUGGCCAAAAAGGUAGGCUUGCGGAUUACUCAUAACAAACAGUUUCUUGUGUUACCGAGAAAAGGCAAGAAAACAAGUCCAAGCAAAUGCUCUCUAGAGCAGUGCGUGGUGAAGCAUUACAAAAACUUACGCUCAUCUGUGGACCUUCGUACAGCAUGGAGUAUAUACACCAAUGACUCUAUUCCAUGCAUUUAGUGCAAACUGUUACAAAUACCAUACAACUGCUUUUAAAGCUAACUUUGUAUCCUGCUGGAGAGAUUUUCUAAUCAACAUCUUUAGCUUCUGACCCCUUCUUUGACAUUGUACAUUGUUCGUGCAUUGUUUAAAUCACUUCCGGGAAGUGUUUGCCUUGCACUUCCAUUAAUGUGUUGACUACAGUUACAUGCAUGCAUCAGUCAUCCUGAAAAGAAAGGAAGAAACUUUUUAGAGACCAAUGCUAAGCACAAUUGAAGGUGUUAAUUGAGCAACGCAAUGCUUAUAUUAAGAAUCAAUGGUUUGAGGUAAUUUUUAAUAAAUUUUAUAGGGUGUAGUUUUUAUGCUUUUUAAAAUUAAAAUAGUGAA